AUGCGCCCCUCCACAAUCCCACCCAUCCGCGCAUCUUUCACCCGGGUAUGCACCCGCUGUCGACUCCAAGGACGUGGCACAGCAGCAGCAGCACCAGGGCGUUCGCUGACAGCAUCAUCAUGGCGUCCUCAACACCCCACCCCAUCCAUCUUAACCAAGGCAUCCUACACCACCACGACAGCUCGUCUGCGCAGCAACCGCAGCAGCAGUAGCGGCAGCAACGAUGACGAGAUACCAUUCGUGUCGGCCCUCCCCAAGACCCACUACGACAUGUUCCCCUCCACACUGCCCGACGGCCCACCGCCGACGGGCCACUUCCCGAUCGACACGCGCUCCCUGCGCCGCGAGUUUCUCCGCCUCCAGGCCCGCGCCCACCCGGAUCUGCAGCCGGCCUCGUCCAAGCCCGCCGCCGAGGCGUCGUCGGCCCUGAUCAACGAGGCCUACCGGACCCUCGCCGACCCCCUCCUGCGCGCUCAGUACCUCCUGUCCCUGAGGGGCGUCGAUGUGGCCAACGACGAGACGCUCAAGAUCGAGGAGCCCGACCUGCUCAUGACGGUCCUCGAGGCCCGCGAGGAGAUUGAGGAGGCCGAGUCAGAGGAAGAGCUGGAGAGGCCCCGCUCCGAGAAUGAUGAACGCAUCCGUCAGAGCGAGGAGGUUCUCGACGAGGCUUUUGCUGCUGACGACAUCGACGCUGCUAAGAGGGAGGCUGUCAGGCUGCGGUACUGGGUGAACAUCAAGCAGAGUCUCGACAACUGGGAAAAGGGGGUGCCUAUCGUCCUGCAGCAUUAG